AUGCGCCUCACCGCCCACCGCUCCUCGACCUCGCUCGUCGCCUCUCUCGCCCUCGUGCUCGUCCCGCUCGUCGCGGCCGACGACGACAGCGGGUGCACGAUGAGCGCCGGCAGCGACCUCAUGAACUGCCUCGGGACGUGGGCUUCGAUGCCGCCCGUGCUGUCGGCGACGGGCCUCGCCGUGGGUCCGAGCGCCGAGGACUUGUGCCGCCAAUACUCGCAGAUGGCUGACUGUUGGGCCGCCGGGACGUACUGCGCCGAGUGGCUCCCCGUCCGCACAGCCGCCGACAAGUUCUGCGCGCUCGCCCAGGCCGACAACAUCGGGUCGUCGGCGUCGCUCGUCCCGAGUUCGGCGCUCUCGUCCGUCGAAGCCGAGGCGUCGCGCGUCGUCACCUCGAUCUGGAACAACGACUCGGGCUCGUCGGUCCCCUCGAUCACGAACGACCUCGAGACGCGCUCGCGCCCGACGGCGACGCACGCCGAGACGGCGCCGGCCCAGACGGGCACGGCGGCGACUGUGGCACCGUCGGCGUCGGCGUCGGGGAGCCACGCAUAG